CAGCCUCAGGCUCUGGAGAGGUUCGGUUGACCUGCUGACUGGGAACCAGAAAUGGCAGCUACUCUGGGCAGCGGAGAGCGCUGGACGGAAGCUUACAUUGAUGCAGUUAGAAGAAACAAAUACCCAGAAGACAGACCUCCUGAAAGUCAUGAUCCCUGUGGUUGCUGUAACUGCAUGAAGGCGGAAAAGGAAAAGAAGUCUGAGAACGAGUGGAAUCAGACCUGGCAGGGUGAGGGGAGUGCCACUUAUACUAAGGAGCAGCUGCUUGGGGUACAAAGGAUCAAGAAAUGCAGAAAUUACUAUGAAAUUCUGGGAGUUUCUCGAGAUGCCAAUGAUGAAGAGCUUAAGAAAGCUUACCGAAAACUUGCCCUGAAAUUUCACCCUGACAAGAACUGUGCUCCUGGAGCAACAGAUGCUUUCAAAGCAAUAGGAAAUGCCUUUGCAGUACUUAGCAAUCCGGACAAGAGACUCCGCUACGAUGAAUAUGGAGAUGAACAGGUGACUUUCACUGCCCCUCGAGCCAGAGCUUAUCAUUAUUACAGAGACUUUGAAGCUGACAUCACUCCAGAAGAGUUAUUCAAUGUCUUCUUUGGAGGGCAAUUUCCUACAGGAAAUAUUCAUAUGUUUUCAAACGUGACAGAUGAUACCCACUAUUACCGCCGGCGGCACCGACAUGAGAGGAUGCAGACAAGGAAGGAGGAGGAAGAAGAUAAACCUCAGACUACGUAUUCUGCAUUUAUUCAAUUACUUCCAGUUCUUGUGAUUGUGAUUAUAUCUGUUAUUACUCAGCUGCUAGCUACUAAUCCCCCAUACAGUCUAUUCUACAAAUCGACCAUGGGCUACACCAUUUCUAGAGAAACUCAGAACCUGCAGGUGCCUUACUUUGUGGAUAAAAACUUUGAUAAGGUCUACAGGGGAGCAUCUCUGCGUGAGCUGGAGAAGACGAUAGAGAAGGAUUACAUUGAUUACAUCCAGACGAGUUGUUGGAAGGAGAAACAACAAAAGUCCGAGCUGACCAAUUUGGCAGGAUUAUACAGAGAUGAACGACUGAAAGAGAAAGCAGAGUCGCUGAAACUUGAAAACUGUGAAAAACUUUCCAAACUUAUUGGCCUACGCAGAGGUGGCUGAGAGGAUGAUAGCUCUACACAGGGAUGGAAGAAAAAUUCCUGUUGGAAGGAGACUCUGCAUGAAAACUGAUUUCCAGAGUGGAGUUUCUCCUUUCAGAUGCACGGCCAUGAUUCAGACAGAUGUGUCUAGCAUGGUUCAUUCAACAUGUGGACAUUCCACAGGGUCAGAAGAUGCCUCCAGAGGUAAAGAGUGGGGCUUUAGUGGCUGGUAGAGGACAACUGCUCAGCUGUGGGGAGGAGGAGCAGCUCCAGAGAUAGCCAGAUUCUGCUGCCCAACUAUGUCUAUCCUCCUGGAUUUGGGGGGCUUUCUUGACUCCCUCUGAGUGACAGAGGGGAUUUACACAGUAAAAUGUGCCUGUGAGCCAAACAGGCUUAUAGAACAUUUUCCUGUGCACACCAAAAUCAAUGCUCUCCUCUCAACCCCAACCCCUGCUAGAAAAUGGGCCAUAAAUUAAACUGACUUGACAGGUUAGAAGACCCUCCUGUAGAUGCCCCUGAAGAAUGUGGCCACACAUUUUAUAGAUUUCAUGGCAGACAUUAGUUAUCUGUGAUGAUACUAAAUAGAGGCAAUACUAGCUCCAAUAAAUGUCAGACCUAUUGUCUGUCUUUAUAGAACUGAUGGUACUAUUUAAUUUAUUACCUAGUAGACCACAACACUCACAUCUGGUUUUCCUCAAGAGAAUAGUUGCAUUUGGUUAAAGGAUAGUUUAAUCUAUUUGGUACAGUCCAGAAUAUUGUUAAACUAAAAUUUCCUGGGUUAUAUUUUAGAUGGGUUGUCUACAUGGUGGUAAUCAUAAUGAUUUUCCUCUAGCCUACAUCCUUUGGAAAGUUUCCUAGUCCUAUAUAUGCUCUUUAGGUAAGGCUUAUUCUUGCUGUCAGAACUUGGUGUGCAGCACUAGAUUGUGUCUAUGAGCAUUAGAACAGCUUGAAGAUGUGUAAUGAGAGAAGGGCUAAGAAACAAGGCUUGAGGCUCAAGCAAAAAUGGAAACUCUCAUCAUUAGGAUGACAGUGCUCUUUGCACUGCAUGAUCAGCAGUGAGGAGGGGAGCAUGGAAGUCCUCACCACAAAGGACACUACAGCUUGAAGGAAUCCAUGACCCCUGAUUAGCAAUCCUGGGGUUCAUCUGCUCAAACCAGAAAAUGUCUGAACUUCCUUAUCAGCUCCAGGCCUCACAGAUUGGAAGAAGUGACCAGUAAAAAAUGCAAUUGCUAUGCUUUCUGUUGGAAACUAUUAAAAAUUACACUGAACUCCAAACCCAACUGGAACAUGAGAUCCAACAGCCUGGCCAAGCUAUGUGUUAUUCUCAUUUCAUCCUCACACUCAGGACACGCUUUGUGAGGAGGCACUUUAGGGAUUCUAGAAGCUUUCUGUUACAACUGGCCACACAUGCAAGUAGUCUCUGCAUGCAUGAUCCUCACAGGAGCUAGCAGUUAAUCAGUAUUUAUUUUGAAUUCAUUUAAGGUGUAAGCUUAGUAUCCUAAUACACUUGUUUUUGGAAAGGGCCAAGUUAUUGUACAUCUUAUUUUUUGAGCCUGCGUUGUUGAUACCUCAUGCAAUGACCACCAAGUAACUAUAUACCCAUGUGUUAGAUAUUAAUUACAUCAUUUGCAUCCCAUUCAGUAUUUGGAAUUAAAGAUGUGAAUGUUUUGUGACCAGAGCCAGGUUUGAUACAGAUGGAAUCAGCUCCGGUGGAGUUCUGAGAAAUCUGGUCACCUGAUCUACUGCAUCUGAAUUAACUGUAUUUUAACACAGAAAGAAAUUAAAAGAUUUUAUAUAUAAAAAA